GUGUGCGGGGCGGGUUGUCAGUGGUGCGGCCGGCAGGCAGCUAUGGCGGCCGUACGCGGCCUGCGAGUGUCUGUGAAGGCAGAGGCCCCGGCGGGGCCGGCCUUGGGGCUCCCGUCGCCUGAGGCGGAGUCCGGUUUGGAACGCGGCGAGCCGGAGCCCAUGGAGGUGGAGGAGGGCGAGCUGGAGAUCGUGCCGGUGCGGCGCUCCCUGAAGGAACUGAUCCCGGACACAAGCAGAAGAUAUGAAAAUAAGGCUGGCAGCUUCAUCACCGGAAUUGAUGUUACCUCCAAGGAAGCCAUUGAAAAGAAAGAACAGCGAGCUAAGCGCUUUCAUUUCCGAUCAGAAGUAAAUCUUGCCCAAAGAAAUGUAGCCUUGGACCGAGACAUGAUGAAAAAAGCAAUUCCCAAAGUGAGACUAGAGACAAUCUACAUUUGUGGAGUAGAUGAGAUGAGUACCCAGGAUAUCUUUUCCUAUUUUAAAGAAUAUCCUCCAGCACACAUUGAAUGGUUGGAUGAUACCUCCUGUAAUGUGGUUUGGCUGGAUGAAAUGACAGCUACACGAGCCCUUAUCAAUAUGAGCUCUCUGCCAGCCCAGGAUAAGAUCAGAAGCAGGGAUGCCAGUGAAGACAAGUCAUCUGAGAAAAGUAAAAAAGACAAGCAUGAAGACAGUUCAGAUGAUGAUGAGGCUGAAGAAGGAGAAGUUGAAGAUGAGAACUCAAGUGAUGUAGAGUUGGACACAUUGUCUCAGGUAGAAGAAGAGUCUCUGUUAAGAAAUGAUCUUCGUCCAGCUAACAAACUUGCUAAAGGAAAUAGGUUAUUCAUGAGAUUUGCUACAAAAGAUGACAAAAAGGAACUUGGAGCAGCCAGAAGAAGUCAGUAUUACAUGAAAUAUGGGAAUCCAAAUUACGGAGGCAUGAAAGGAAUUCUUAGCAAUUCUUGGAAGCGAAGAUAUCAUUCCCGUCGCAUUCAGCGGGAUGUGAUCAAGAAGAGAGCCCUGAUUGGGGAUGAUGUUGGCUUGACGUCAUAUAAACACCGACAUUCCGCAUUAGUGAAUGUUCCUGAGGAACCUAUUGAGGAGGAGGAAGAGGAGGAAGAGGAGGAGGAGGAAGACCAGGACAUGGAUGCAGAUGACAGGGUGGUGGUAGAGUACCAUGAGGAGCUUCCAGCUCUUAAGCAGACCCGGGAGCGGAGUGUGUCUAGGCGGUCCAGUGCCAGCAGCUCAGACUCAGAUGAAAUGGACUAUGAUCUAGAACUGAAAAUGAUUUCCACUCCCUCACCAAAGAAAAGCAUGAAAAUGACUAUGUAUGCCGACGAAGUAGAAUCUCAACUGAAAAAUAUUAGGAACUCCAUGAGGGCAGAUAGUAUAUCCACGAGCAAUAUAAAAAACAGAAUUGGUAACAAAUUGCCACCUGAGAAAUUUGCAGAUGUCAGACACCUGUUAGAUGAAAAACGCCAGCACUCCCGUCCACGGCCACCAGUCAGCAGUACUAAAUCAGAUAUACGACAGCGGUUAGGAAAAAGACCAUAUUCUCCAGAAAAGGCUUUUAGUAGUAACCCAGUGGUUCGGAGAGAGCCCUCUUCAGAUGUACAUAGUAGGCUAGGUGUUCCCAGGCAAGAUAUUAAAGGCCUCUACUCUGAUACUCGGGAGAAGAAAUCAGGUAGCUUAUGGACUCGCUUAGGAUCUGCACCCAAGACCAAAGAAAAGAAUAUGAAAAAAGUGGAUCACAGGUCACCUGGCACUGAGGAAGAUGACUCCGAGCUACAAAGGGCGUGGGGGGCUCUGAUUAAGGAGAAAGAACAGUCUCGCCAAAAGAAGAGCCGCUGUUACCAGCACCCUUUUCCCAAGAAAAGUCAAUUCCCAGGUGCUUAUUGGACAGCCUCCGAGGGGGAAGAUGAGGGAAACUGCCAGCUCACCCUUCCAGGACCGUAAUGUGGGGGUCGAAUCUCGUGGACCUGACCUCAGAGGUACACCAGUGCCGCCCAGGUAGAUAAGAGACGCAGCAUCAAUCGCGCUUCCGUUCCUCCCUUGGGAAUUUCUGUUAGAGGCCUCUUACUGGCUGUCAGCUUGAUGUGAAGAUAAAGUUCAGUGCUGUGGGAUUUUUAGGAACAAAAAACUGUGACUUCUGGAUUUGGGGUUGAUUUUUGUGCUGGGGUGGGGUCAUGGGUUAACGUUGAACAAUUUUUUAAGUCUGUAUUAUGUUUUAAAAAUAUUAAUGAUUUAAAAGUUUAAAUUUUUAAUUUUUAUAUGUGGAAGUUUCUCCUGUUGGCUACAGGGAAGUUCAAGUGGUGUCUUCUUUGUGCUGUUAAAUAUAUAUUAUAUACUUUAGAAGAAGACAAAGAGAGGAGUCUCAUUAUUUUUAAAUGAUCCUAAGUGUAUGGUCUGUUUUUUGUACAUAGAAUUUAACUUGCUUUUUGGCCACUGUAGAAAAAAAAAAAUCCAUCCAUCUGAGAUGGGAUCUUGUUUAUUAUCACUUUAGAAGUGAAACAUUGAUAAUUUAUUCUUUCUGUCUCUAAGUUGUGGCUGAAGACUUCUUGAAAACUGGCAAAUAAGAUAAUAGUUUCAGAAAUUUUUAGUUUAUUUUUUAGCUCCUUUCAGAUUAUUUUACCAUGAAAAGGAGGUAGAUUAUUUUGUCUUCCUGUCUGAUUUUUAUGUUGAAGUAUUUAAUACCAUAUUCUUCUACAGGCUUAAAAGUUGCAUUUCACUUCACUUCAUUAGAACUUGGGAGUUAAAGAGAUAGUAAGUAGUAAGGCUUUAAUCCCUUUUGUGAUGCUACAAUUCUUCACUUGCCCGGAUUGUUCCAAACCCAGUGCAACCCUGGAUCCUGGAGAUUUUGUGGCUGAGUUGAUGUCAUAUUGGUAGUUGAUUACACUGUGAUGCUAAUAAAUGCAGAACAGUGUUGUUAAUAAAGAGAGUAAAGGCUGUGAGUCUUGAGGGCUGUAAUGAAAACUGUAUUAUACUAUAUUUUGUUGGUUAAUCUGCUUUUUUUCCUCCCUUUAGAAAGAUGAGAUCAUAUAACCAAGGCAUAUUUCGGCUUCCUAGGAUUCUAGGAAAGAGGUGGUUCUGACUUCUUUGCCAGUGGAGACAGGCCUCUGUGAUUUCCCAGCUCAACUCUACUUGCCUUGUGAAGCACUCAGCUCAGAGCCAGGUUCUUAGGAAGAGGAUUUCAGGGUUUGGGGGAUUGGUAGAGUUAGAAGUGCAAGGCCUGUGAGUCAGAUACCUGUGUGCCAACUGCUGGCUCUGUUCCAUGGACCUGGGCCUUAAUUUUACACCUAGCAAAUGAAUGAGCUUCUGGCUUUGUUGGAGCAUCUCAGUGGUGUUUUACUCUUCCCAAAGCUGCCUUUGCAGUGGACUAUUCAGUACUGCUUUGUGUUGUAGGUGGCCAAAGAGUCAAAGAAACAAUGGCAGCCAUGAGGUUGUGGAUAGGGACUUAUCCCUAUCCUAUCAUAGUCUCUGGUUCUACUGAUGAGUUAAUGAUAUCCUUGUGGUUUCCUAACUGACAUGGUCUCUAUAGGGUUUAGAAAAUUCCCCUUCAGAGACUUUCCUUUUUUUGUUUCCCAAUAGGAGUUCAACUCGUCUGCUCUAUGGCUUUUUAGAACUCUUUAAUCUCCUAAAUUUACUGGCUUCUCUGCCUCUCUCACUCUACAGCCACUCAGGUCUUGCAGUGUCCCAAGUGUGCCGUGGAUGCUCAGCCCUAUCUUUGGAGCUUUGGAGUGAGAGGAUGGGCCUGGUGCACCUCUGUGAUCACAGAGACUCUGGAGGCUAAGGCAGGAGAUCCCUAGUUUGAGGCCAUCCUUAGCAACUUAGUGAGACCCUGACUCAAAAUAAAAAAAUUGUGCCAGGGAUGUAGCUCAGCAGUAAAUAUUUCCUGGAUUCAAUCCUUAGUAUUGGGGAAAACAAAAACAAAAAUGGGCAGGACAGUGGGGACAGAUUGGAGAGCACUCUGGCAUGUUUUUCUCUGGGGCACUCUCUGUACAUGAAGGCAGUAGGGCUACAUGCUUUUUGUAUUCCUCUUAGUCUUUACAUGUAGGAUAUUUUAAAUACAAUUUUGCUGCUUGAUAAUGACUGCAGAUACCUCAUUUCAGUUUACCACUCUCCCUCAUGGGAGAAGUACUAGGUACCCAUGAGAAUUUUAAGAGCCUGCCACGAGAUAUAAACUAUCCUCCCCUGCCACCCACUCCUCCCAGUCUAUUUCCAUAAAUCUGGUCUCCUUGUUUCACUGUGUAUUCCAUUCCCUCUUCCUUGGCCUCUGCCUGACUGUCCCUCUCCAUUCUGCACACUGCAGUUGGGGUAGACGUGUUAUUGGCAGCUUAGUUGAGAUAUGAUAUGCAUAGCAUAUGAUUCACUCAUUUACAGUGUAUAUAUACCUCAGUGUUUAGCCAUCAGCAUAAUAAAUUUUAGAACAUUUCAUCACCAAAAAAGAAAUGCUGUACUUCUUAGUAGUCAUUCCCAUUUUUUUCCCUUUCCUAGCCCCUGGCAACUGCUAAUCUUUCUGUCUUUAUGGAUUUGCCUGUUCUGGACAUUUUUGUAUAAAUGGAGUCAUAUAUUCUUUUGCUUAUCAUAUUUUCAAGGUUAUCCAUGUUGCACUGUAUCAGCACUUCAUUUUUUUAAAUUGAUAAAUGAUAUUUCAUUGUAUGGAUAUACUACAUUUUAUUUAUCCAUUCAUCAGUAAAUGUACAUUUGGGUUGUCUCCACUUUUUGGCUAUUAUGAAUAGGUUUCUAUGAACAUUCAUGUAUAGGUGUUUUCAUGGAUAUAAGUUUUCUUUAUUCUUGGGUUUUUACUUUGGAGUGGAAUUGCUGGUCAUAUGAUAACUUUCUGUAAUUUUUUGAGAAACUGCCAGGCUGUUUUCCUAAGUAGCUGUGUCUUUUCCUUUCUUACCAGCAAUGUAUGUGGGUUCCAGUUACCCCCACAUCUUUGCCAACACUUUGUAUUUUCCAAUAUGAAAUGUUGUCUCAUUGGUUUUAAUUUUCAUUUUCCUAAUGACCAAUCAUAUUGGGCAAUUUUUCAUGUGCUUCAGGAUGAACUUUUUUUGUGGGGAGGAAUACUGGGGAUUGGACCCAGGAAGGCUCUACCUCUGAGCUACAUUCCCAGCCCUUUUUUAAAACUUGAAUACAAGGUCUUGCUAAAUUGAGGCUGCUCUCAAACUUUUGAUCCUCCUGCCUCAUUCUCCUAAAUCGCUGGGAUUACAGACACGUACCACUGCACCCUACGUGGAAUGAACUUUCUUAAAUAUAAAUCUGAUCCUGUGUUUCCUCUGCUUGAAAUCUUUCUAGAGCUUCACCAUUACUUUUGGAAUAAAUUCUUGUCCUUUGAUAGCUUAUAAAGCUGGUCAAGAUCUAGCCUCUGGCAUUAUUUCUGUCCUGUUCUCCCCAUUCUCCCCUGCCUUCUGCUUACUAAUUCUCUGGAUCUCACCAGCCUUCCAGACUCUGCAGUUUGCCCUCCUACCCCAUAACAUGUUUACCCCCAUUUUCUCCUCCUCCUGCCUCAGCCUUGCCUUCUUUAUUCCCCUUAUUCUUGAGGUCUUAGGGGCUCUUACAGGAAGUAGCCUAAAUUUCCAGAGCCAAAGUACAGGCUCUUUCUGUGUGUCCCAUGAUAUUGCCACAAAGGAGUUGUAGCUGAGUCCAGGGUUAGGUUAUAGUCAGCACCUAAGCUGCAUGUGGUGGUGCACAUUUAUAAUCUCAGCAAUUCAUUUUGAGGGUCUGAGCCAGGAGGAUGAUGAGUUUGAGGCCAGCCUUAGCAGUUUAGCGAGACCCUGUCUUAAAAUAAAUCAAAGGGACUAGGGAUAUAGUUUAGUGGUAAAGUGCCCCUAGGUUUAAUCCCAGUACUAAAAAAAAGAAAGGAAAAAGUCAUCAGCAUCUAAGAUCAUAAUUGAAUAUAAUUGAAAUUCCAAGGCAAGUGCCACAUUGAAGACCACUAUCACAAGGUUCCUUGCAGCUUGCAGUCAGUUUUGUCUGUAUGGGAAGAGAUCGCUGUUCCUUUGGUUGAGUAACAUUUGAAAUAGUUGACCUGCAGUUAGAGCCAUGUUAUACAAACUCACUGAUAUUUAGGUGUUAGAAUCACACUAAGUGAGAAGGUCACUUUUGAGGAGCUUGAAACUUUGGCAGGCCACAGAGGCAAAAACUUGCCCAGGCAGUACUGCGUGUUUGGGCUUACUGAGGGAAGGAGAGAAAGAUGGAAUGGCCAAGCCACUUGAAAUUGUUUUUCUUUCUUCUUGUCUUAUUUUGGGGGAGGGUACCAGGGAUUGAACUCAGGGGCACUCGGCCACAGAGCCACAUCCCCAGCCCUAUUUUGUAUUUAUUUAGAGACAAAGUCUCCAUAAGUUGCUUAGUGCCUCACUUUUCCUGAGGCUGGCUUUGAAUUCACGAUCCCCCUGCCUCAGCCUCCCAAGCCGCUGGGAUUACAGGAGUGUGCCACAGCGCCUGGCUUCUCCUUGUCUUUUUUUUUUUUUUAAACUUUAUUUUUCGGAUAAAUACUAUUGUGUUAACUAAGUGAAAAGUGUACGUAUAAUGCAAAAUCACUACUGCCCCAAUUCAGCACCUUUAUACACUGGACUGUAAUUUCCUAUUCUUAGUUUGUCUGUUUUGCUAGACUGUAAGCUCUGUGAGAGCAGGGACCAUGUCAGGCUUGUUCAUCAGGGUUUACCCAGUGCCUGCCAUCAUGGUUGGCACCUAGCAGGUCUUCCAUAAACAGCUGCAUCCUUGAGGCCCAUCCUCUUACAGGCUACUCACAUUUCUGCCAUGGAUGUGCAAUGCCUUAUUUUCCUGUUUUGUUUUCCAUCUAGCCUAUAAGCUUGUAACAAAGCACAUGUCUCCAUGUUGUUUUCUCUGUAGCCUAGCACCAGAAGAGCCCAGAGUAAGUAGUGCUUUACAGGUGUUCAGGAAAUAAUUGUUAUAACCCUGUCCAGAUGAAUCACCAUUAUCUGCAGUCUAGCCUAUUCUAGAUGAGCCCACCAGAUACAAAAAGGGGAAAAUUAUUCAAUGGUAUAAGAAAAAAAGUUCUCAUUACAUAGACCUCAGUAAACAUCAGAUUUUGAUGGUUGGGCUGUAUCUGAGCUGAAGUUUCCCCACCUCCUUAAAGAAUUUGCUAGGAAAUAAUGCAGAUAGUUCAGACUGUUUUUUAGAAAAACAGUUCUUCUGCCCUGGGAUAGGAGGGAAAGGAAGCUGGUGGGUGAGAGGCAUGAAAGAGGGCCUGCUGAGUCAGUUUGUAGCCUCUGGUCCUGUUGGUGAGGAAAGUGACAGCCAUCCAGACAGGUGACAAGAAACAGUUUAUUCCAGCAGCAGAAGAAACAGUUAUUCCAGCAGCAGCUCUGUGGCCUAAAGCAACAUUCCUCAAACUUAUUAUGCCGAGCAUCCUUUAAGGUCAUGAUGAAAUGCUAACAUGCACUUUGGAUUACAGUCAACAGCAAAUUGUGGCUUCACAGAUUAAUUAACUGGUAAGAAGCAAGUUUGAUGCAUGAGUAUUUACUUUUAAAUCUAUAUAACAAGAAGUAAAUUAGAAGUUAAGUCAUUUUUUUUUCUUUAAGAUAAGAACUAAAAGGAGAGAGUGCUUUUUGUAAUCUUGAGAAUAGCACAUUUGCUUCAAGGAAGAUUGUGAUUGCAUAAUUUGACCAACAAUAAACAUCUACUUUUCUUACAUGUUUAUAAAAUAAAAUAAAUGUUAGAAGAAAAAAUACUGUAA